CUCAUCCACAGUGAACUUAAACCUUACAGCUGUGACUUGUGUGGAAAGUCUUUUACCGAGGCUGGAGGCUUAAAAAGACACCAACUCAUCCACAGUGGAUUUAAACCUUACAACUGUGACUUGUGUGGAAAGUCUUUUACCCGGGCUGGACACUUAAAAAGACACCAACUCAUCCACAAUGGACUUAAACCUUACAGCUGUGACUUGUGUGGAAAGUCUUUUACCGAGGCUGGAGGCUUAAAAAGACACCAACUCAUCCACAGUGGAUUUAAACCUUACAACUGUGACUUGUGUGGAAAGUCUUUUACCCGGGCUGGAGACUUAAAAAGACACCAACUCAUCCACAAUGGACUUAAACCUUACAACUGUGACUUGUGUGGAAAGUCUUUUACCGAGUCUGGGCACUUAAAGAAACACCAACUCAUCCACAGUGGGAUUAAAUCGUACAGCUGUGACUUGUGUGGAAAGUCUUUUACCGAGGCUGGAGGCUUAAAGAAACACCAACUCAUCCACAGUGGAUUCAAACCUUACAGCUGUGACUUGUGUGGAAAGUCUUUUACCGAGUCUGGGCUCUUAAAAAGACACCAACUCAUCCACAGUGGAUUUAAACCUUACAACUGUGACUUGUGUGGAAAGCCUUUUACCUGGGCUGGACACUUAAAAAGACACCAACUCAUCCACAGUGGAUUCAAGUCUUACAGCUGUGACUUGUGUGGAAAGUCUUUUACCCGGGCUGGACACUUAAAAAGACACCAGCUCAUCCACAGUGGACUUAAACCUUACAACUGUGACUUGUGUGGAAAGUCUUUUACCGAGGCUGGAGGCUUAAAGAAACACCAACUCAUCCACAGUGGAAUUAAAUCGUACAGCUGUGACUUGUGUGGAAAGUCUUUUACCGAGGCUGGAGGCUUAAAGAAACACCAAGUCAUCCACAGUGGAUUCAAACCUUACAGCUGUGACUUGUGUGGAAAGUCUUUUACCCGGGCUGGAGACUUAACAAGACACCAACUCAUCCACAGUGGAUUCAAACCUUACAGCUGUGACUUGUGUGGAAAGUCUUUUACCCAGGCUGGAGACUUAAAAAGACACCAACUCAUCCACAGUGGAUUCAAACCUUACAGCUGUGAAUUGUGUGGAAAGUCUUUUACCGAGUCUGGAGGCUUAAAGAAACACCAACUCAUCCACAGUGGACUUAAACCAUACAGCUGUGACUUGUGUGGAAAGUCUUUUACCGAGUCUGGAGGCUUAAAGAAACACCAACUCAUCCACAGUGGACUUAAACCUUACAACUGUGACUUGUGUGGAAAGUCUUUUACCGAGUCUGGAGGCUUAAAGAAACACCAACUCAUCCACAGUGGACUUAAACCUUACAACUGUGACUUGUGUGGAAAGUCUUUUACCGAGUCUGGGCGUUUAAAGAAACACCAACUCAUCCACAGUGGAAUUAAAUCGUACAGCUGUGACUUGUGU